AUGCACACUCCGUGCGCGCGCGCCGUGGUGUGCCGCUAUUCUCCGCACCCUCGGGUGCUCACGCUCCUGCUGCUGCUGCUGCUGUGCUGUACGGCCGGUUGCCUUGCCGCAAGUCACCACCGCUGCAUGCAUGACAAGAUAAGUGAGCUGAAUAAGCCGGUGACGGUUGUGCGGGAAAUACCCCGCAAGGGGCAGGGCGCCGUGCAGGCAUACACCGCCAAUGCUGCCGAGAACUCUAAUAUCUUCGGUGAUAACAAGAACUGGGUGCCGAUCCGCAUCAAGGCGUUCACGAGGGACCUUAACGACCCGUCAAAGUAUUGCACUGUUGCUGGAGAAGAACGUUACGAUCAGACCUACACUAAAUUAUACUGCCGUGCCAAUGGCGUGUUGACGGUGAGGAAGAAGAGGAUUAUUGAAGAGCAGCUUAUUCCCGAGGCAAUUAAAAUGCACACUGAGCGUAUUUUUGUGGUCCGGGAGACGGGCAUUGUUAAGGUACCAAGUAUGGAGCAUACGUAUUGCAGCCACUACACCAUCCCUGAGGAGCACCACACAAUUGGGCUUCAGGAUGCUGAAUUGUAUUUUUACGUCAGUGCAUUGCAGACCGACCGUGCAAUGGCGUGGGGGGCGUAUUGCGCCUGUACAGACGAUGGGCGGCCCAUUGUUGGUUCCUUGAACCUGAAUCCCACUUACGUGGAAGCUACAGAUGCCGCCGUUCGCACGGUGGCGCACGAAAUCGCGCACCUUCUUGGUUUUGAUUAUUAUAUGUUUUUGAAGUUGGGAAUUGUAGAUACCGGUGUAACUUUGCGGCAAAGAGUAGUGGCGGUCAUAAAUACUACGCAGUCGAAGAAAGUGGCGAGUGAACAUUAUGGCUGCCCCAAUGCCACUGGAGUAGAACUGGAGUCCACGAGUAGUUGUGGGACAGCCCGAUCACACCUUGAGUUUCGGAAUGCGAAGGAUGAAAUGAUGGCGCCUUCAUCCAAAGCAAGCUACUACACCAAACUGACACUUGGAAUAUUCGAAAGCAUGCCAUUUUACAAGGUAAAUUACAGUAUGGCAGAGCCGAUGAAAUGGGGCAACAACUCCGGUUGCGGUUUUCUGGAGAAGAAGUGCUUAACAGGAGGUGAGACUGAUUAUCCAGAUAUGUUCUGCAACCAGCAUCGUAAACAGGUACCGUUCCUCUGUACACAUGAUUUUUUGGCUCUUGGGUACUGCACAAUGACAUGGUAUUCCACGCCAUUGCCUGAUGAAUACCAGUACUUUCUCGGCAAGCAUUUUGGUGGCACCAUUCGCGAAAUGGACUACUGCCCUUUUGUUCAAGAAUUGAAAGACUCCUCGUGCACUACAAGCACCACGAUACAGAGACGCGGGAGCUUUGUUGGCCCGAAGUCACGCUGUGUAAAGGGCGAAAACCUCAAAUUUACGACACAGCCUAUUGGCGAUGUGUGUGUGAAUACGAAGUGUGAGAACGGCAAGCUGAGCGUGCAGUUCCGUCUUGACGAAGAAUGGUACGAGUGCGAGGAGAAGAAGAAGGUCAGCUCAAAAAAUGGGAACUGGUCCGGAAGUAUUAUCUGCCCCGCGUACGAAGAGGUGUGCACUGAGCACCGCAACGUCACCAUUGUUCUGGAGGAGCUACCUCACCAGGAUGACGACGACCAGCCUGCUCCUAAAAACAUAACGUGGCCCAUCAAACCCAAAGACCCGUCCCCUCUGACCCACCCACCACCAGAACCAACCAUGGAAACUGUUGGGGCACCACAUGUUGAGAGAGGACUAACUUCGACUCAUCCUAAUGUACCCACUGACUCAUCGGGACACCAUACUUCUGAAAGAGACGGCCUAUUUGGUUCCUCCACCCACAACGUUCCAACAACAGGUGCGACAGUUGAGGAGCACAUGGAGCUCGCUGACUUACACAUCCAUCAUAGCGCAGCUCUCGACACAAGGGAAGCACAGAGUGAGGAUGUACAAGGUAAUCAUGUUGAUGCUGGACCAUCAUCUAACUCAGUAAGAACCAGGCGUGAACUACCGCACGAGGGAGUCACUCAAGUCGCCACAACAAACGAAAAUCUGAUGCAGGACAGCGAUACAAAGAAUAACUUGGCUACCAAUGGUAAAGGUCCAGCAGCACAUGUGCUUAACAACAAUGACGCGAUUACUUUGAACAUUGGUAUUGGCGAUGGCACUGUGACUCCUGCUGGGUGCGCACCCCUUCUGCUCCUCAUCCUUGCCAGCGCCGUCGCCGUGAUAUUCUCUCUGUAA